AUGGUGAGAGAGCAGGAAACGACGCUUGCCCGCUUCUGUGGCCUUGCCAAUAUGCACAAAAAGGGUGCCCCCUCCGGCUCACCGUCACACUCAAAGGUACCCCAACCUACAGACUGGUAAGAUGCGUGCUUCGGCGUUUUAAAUUUCUCGCCGCAAAUUCACACUCUGCAGUCAAUUCGCUAACAUUAUUCUCGGGGAACUUAAAAGGAUAAAUCCGUUUCCAAGCGAUGCCAUGGUAUCCUUUGGUGUCACAUCCCGUUUGACUUCUAUUCCUCAGGACUUGUCUGGCGAGACUGUCGAACUACACCUACGAGGAAAAUGCGAUGAAACUGAGAAUCGUCUUGGACACGCCCUAAUACUCUGACUCCUGUAGUUCAUUCUCAAGACGUACUUGACAUCCGACGGAACAAUCUACGAGCAGAUGAUAGGCACGCUGAUGCGUUUGCCGAUUUUGUGACUCAUAGCCGAGCGGUUCUACAAUGGUUGUAGUCGCUGGUUCUCCGACACCACAGACCGAAAUUUUGUGCUCAGUUUGUGGAUGAUGCACUCGUGGUUAUCGAACGGGAUCGGGUGUCGAAAUUUCAAAGAACGCCUCACCAAAAUCUUCUAGGACAUCCAAUUUACAGUGAAGUAGGAGGAAACAAACUAGUUAGCCUUUUCAGAUGUCCUUGUCUGCCGCGAAAAUUGCGCUGGCCCCAAGAACAAGGUAUUCAGAAAAGCGGCAACCAUGACGCAAGUACUGAGCUACAACAGCAACCACCCAACCACCCAGUUGCGUAAGUGCACUAAGCCAGCGUUUGGAUACACUGCAGUGCUACGGAAGACAAUGCUGAUAAACUAAAAUACAUUCGGCGGUUGUUUUGAACGAACGGAUACCGUCGCAACUUCGUCAACCAGGGCCUGCGCAAUCGAGGUAGCAGACGAAAUCCAACAGGUCCCAAAUCUCGGCGAGUUCUCCCUUAAUUAAGGAUGUCUUGGAAACCGCCAAUCACCGGUUCAUACCCAUUGAAAUGAGAGUUACACAAAGACGAAGAAAACCAUAUUGUGCCAAAUCAUGAGACCGAGGAAUCCAUUACCACGGCAAUAGACAUCUGAGCUCGUGUACCGAGUCUGGGGCAGUUAUGAGCAGAGAAACUAUACCGAUGAAACCGGAAAACUACUCCGGACGCGGAUAAACGAGCACACAAAAGCAGUAGGAAGGAACAACGCAGCUCCCAAGUCGCAGCUCACUCAACAGGACACAACCAUACAUUCAAGUUUGAUGAAGCAGAAAUUCUUGCUAAAUACGAUAACUUAAUGAGCCGUGAACUGCUCGAGUUAUGAUCUUUCCGUCCUCAGCAAGUGUAACGACCUUCGUUCUCCAUAUUUGGCGCUGAGACUACCUUGGCAAAAUAGCUAGCCCCAAGGAGACCUUGUGUCAAUGUCGGCGGGUCGAAUUGUCCAAAAGUUCGCACGGAUGAUGAAAUCCAGCAGUCGGCAACUCGACUGCGUGCGAUGAGCGUGGGAGCUGGUAAUCGUGGCCGGCACACAAACAAAUGGCAACUGCAUAUUUAAACAUCUGGCCAGUCUAGCCGUGAUGCUCUCGGGAGUUGCCAACUGCGACAGGCAUGUAGCAGCCUAGUAACUACACCCUAUAAAUACCGCAACGCCCGGAGAAUUUACUUCCCUUAUCUGACUCUGUCUCUGAUGACGGAUUUGAAUGAGAAUCCGAAACGCUGGGCUAAUUAAGCUCCUGUUCUAGCGAUCAUGUCUCCUUCUUCACGAAUUCUUCCUGGAACUCCCAUUUUUGCUUUUAUUGGCACGGGAUACGUUCUAAAAUUGUUAACCUACAAUCGAAAUUUUCACCGCGUUUGACAGCAACUACCUCCGUCAAUGUAACUGACAGUCCGUGUCCACAAUGCGGAGCAGUAUUUUCAGAGUCAAAAAUAAGUCGAGUACCAAUUGAGAGCAUGACGGAAAAGCACUGAAUGCUGCAAAGUCUCCGCACGACCGAUGAUGGAGUAAGACGAUCUGUACCUAUACCAGCAGAUUAUUAUUUAACAGUUGUAAGCGAAUAGGCUUAGCACAAUCCUGGGAUUUCCAUGCAUAUCUCAUCCACAUUUGCUUUGGUCCAGUACGAGAACGCAAACAAAACGACUAAAAGUGCAUGCGGACGCAGUGGCUGACAUAGCUAGACAGCCCGUCGCAUGUCACGCAUCAGUCGCUCCGUAAGUCCACACGGAACAGGCAUGAGCGAGCUCAAUGCGACCACUAUUAUGGAGUCAUUGUUACCCGAACAUCCUUUUUAAGAAGAGCACUCUUCCAUGUUUCUGGUGCUAGGACGCGGCAGUUCCAAAGCAAGUUUGUUUGUUUAUAGUACGUGCACCAAUAGCCUCGGACGCCACAGAAUUGAGAUACCGCACGGACCAAAUUAAGGAACAAAAGGAGCCUGAUUCUAUCUCAAAUAAACUAUUUUCGUCCCUCAGCUGACAACUUCUCACCUACAACUUUUAGCUGGAUGUGCUCUCCAGGAGUCCGACGUAUUAUGGUGAAGAAUGUGCUGACUUGUCAGGAGGAAUGAUACCUCGGUAUCGCUCUGAAACGCCCUAUCCUCUCCCACUCAUCAGCAGCCCUUCGGCCGGCUAUUGAUCACAUUUGGCACAGCGGCCGAGGCAGCGAGAGCCCCUGUGUAGUGUGUUGCACACAACAGUUCGCUUCUCACUAACGAUGAUAGUGGACCCAGCAGUGAAAUCGAUGAAUAAUUCUAACGUGUGCGCACAUGGCCUUAGAGGACAUUACUGCAAAGCCAUGAGUGAUAUUGUAGUGAUGACUGUCGUUCAGGUGCGCAUGGGGUGUAGGGGUGUCCAGUGGUGGGUUCACGUGACGGACGUGGUAGGUUGCUCAUUUGUUUGCAGGCGUAGACUACGCCUUGCGUCCAUUUGCUCGCACCUAACUCUCACGGGGCUCCCCGAAGCUACGCUCUGCCCAGCAGCUACAUCCCGUAACCGCCUUGGCCGGCAAGCUAAACCGGGUGAGGGUUUCCAUGUGUGCAUCUCCGCGCACGGUAAUCUCGACUUCGAUGGUCGGAUGGAUGGUAAUCACUGUGUACUUGAGAACCGUUUUUGCUGAAAGUUUUGAAAGUUAUUUUCAAAAUAAUGCAGUCCUCUCUCUCUCUCGCCUGGGCGUCGUCAAGACGAGGCUACAUCUGGUACACCGUAGGAGGCCACAAGGUAAGUAAGCCUCCAGGUUAGCAAAAAAUGCUCUGUUGUCUUUGUUUCGUCUGUUUUUGUUUGCCUGCUCUCUGUCUGCUUUCGGAUCUGUCCUUGUUAAAGCUGACUACCGUUCUGUUGAAUCUCCCCUGUUGCUUUUGCUUCCUGUUGUUCUGCCUGCUUGCUUUUGUGUGUCUGUCCAUACUGGAAGCUAAAUUCCAUUUUGUUGAUUGUGUCUGCUCACCGUUUAUAGUUCAGCAACCACGUACCCUAGAGAAUGACAGGAAAGCUCUGCAUCCCGUCUCUCUACCCUCGUCUCCUUCAGCUUAGGGCGAUGUCGUACGCUGUCCAGGAUAACCCGGGUCAUUCUCCUACUAAACAAAGACGUAGCACAUAGUUGAAUUCGGUAGCCGCCUAACACACCUGAGCAGCCCCAUUUAGGGAUAGCACUACUCACCUGCGCGAGGGAAAAGGGGCUAGAAAAGGUGCUUUUAACAAAUUCUGGAGAACCACGCCGUCUAAAGGCUGACCGUAGCCUCAGACGAAAAACAUAUAGUCGAAACAAUCAAACAAGAAACAACACACUUUCUUCCUCCUCUUCCUGCUCCCCGCCGCCCCACUUGCCGGACUGGUGGGGUGGGUUCACUCACUCUAGCAGCCCGGAAUGUUCGGUCGCUUUUAGACCAUUCGAUUAGCAAUCGACCGGAAAGGAGGAGGACAUUAGUGGCUCGGGAACUUGCGCACUACAAGGUGGACAUCGCUGCACUCAGCGAGACCCGGUUCGCCGAACUACAUAGUCCAACUGGAGGAGGUAGGUGCCGGCUACAUAGCAGAGAGACGGGACGCGGGUGUCGUAUUUGUCAUCAGGAACGACAUUGUGGGAUGACUGUCCUGUCUGUCGCAGGGCAUCAACGAUCGCCUGAUGAGACUCCGGGUGCAUCUUCGGGGAGGCAAAUUCGCCACAAUCAUCAGCGUCAACGCUUCCCCAAUGACCAACCGAACGCCUUAAGGGAAAAAUUCUACGAGGCUCUGCACGCCAUCCUAACGACUGUGUCGAAGGCGGAUAAGUUGAUUGACCUUGGUGACUGCAACGCCCGCACCGGCACAGGCCAUGCUGCCUGGAGAAGAGUGCUGGGUUCCCAUGGUCUCGACGGCUCCAAUGAAAAUGGCCUGCUCCCCCUAUGAACCUGCGCAGAACACUGACUCGUCCUGGCGAACACACUAUUCUGCCUCCCUAUGCGGGAGAAGGCCACCUGGAUGUACAGGGACGUGCUGGUGACAAAGGCGAUCCCGAGUGCCGACGGGUGGGCUGACCAUAGUCUCGUCAUCUCCAAGAUGCGGAUUCGCAUACAGCCUCACAGGAGACCACAAGGUAAGCGACUCCCAGGUGAGCCGGGUAUUGCUGUGUUGUCCUUGCCUGCUCACCCUCCCCAUUUAAGCAAUGAACAAGUUCAACGGCUAGCCAACCUUCCAGUCGCCGCCGCCGACGAGAACGCUUCCGUGGGAAACCGACGGCAUCAACUACGGGGCACAGUCCAGUCAACAACCUUGGCUGUCCUCGGGAACGCACGCAGCCAACACCAGGACUGGUUCGACGACAACGAUACCGCCAUAAAUAGCCUGCUCCCAGAGAACCACCUGCACAAAGCCUACGUCGAACGCCCCACCGACGCCAACAACAGUUUUCUACAGUUAACGCUACCUAGUGCAACAGUGGCGCCGCGAGAUGCAGGACAUCUGGACGGUUCGUGA